CUUUUCUUCAUCAAUUGCAUUCAAAUUACAUAGCGAUCAAUCGCGAUCUCCAUGGAACCCCCGCCAUUCCAGGAAGCCUCGAACUGCGAUGUCUGCAAUUGCACCUUUAACACCUUCAGGCGGCGGAUCGGAAUGAAAUUUGGAUAGGAAAUAAAAGGUUCAGUCGGCGAGAUUUGGCACUGCCCAUAGAUUGUUUUCCAUCUUUGGCAGCAUUUCUGAUAGCGUUCGACUGUAUGUUGACUUCCAACUGGCAUCAUUGUCGAUGUUGUGGUCGGACAUUAUGUGCUGAACAUUCAUCAAAUCACAUGGCCUUACCACAAUUUGGUAUUAACUCGUGUGUCAGAGUUUGCUCUGACUGUUUUAAUGACGCCUCUGGAUCAAAGAAAAAUGAUGGAUCAGCUUCUUCCGCUGGAGUUAAUAUUGUUACCGACACAGUUUCAAGAUUAGACAUUAAUGCAGUUUCAGAGUCCAAUUCAAAACCAAAUACUGAAGGCAUUCCCGUUUCAGGCAUUUUAGAGUGCAAAUGUGGAAUGCCUUUAUGCAUUUGUGAAACGCCAUCUCCAUCCAGGGAUGCAGCAACCUUUCAGAGCAAAAGUACUUUAACUACUGCAGCUCAGUCAAACUCAAAACCAAGGAAGGUAGAUGCAAUUCCAAAGAAUAGAGGUUCUUCAUCAAAUAACAAGCAAUUUGUAACUUUUGGGCUUAGUCAAGUGACCAACAGUAGUCUGGAAAAAUCUCUAGUGGAUUACACAGUUGAUGGAGAGGGGUUAAGAGAAGCAAUAAAGAAUGGUGACACUUUAGCUGUCAAGGAACUUUUGAGUAAGGGUGUGGAUGCAAAUUACUGUGACAAGCAAGGAAUGUCUUUGUUACAUUUGGCAGCACUUUUUAAUCGAACUGAGAUAGUUUUUAAUCUCAUUGAAUAUGGAGCUAGCAUGGAUCACAGGAAUCAACAAGGGGAAACGCCGCUGGAUUGCGCUCCUGCCACAUUGCAGUACAAGAUGCGAACAAAGAUGGAAGAAAAGGCGCAAUCGGGCUCUGACAGUGCUAAACUAUCUUGACUUGUUUGCUUCCUUUUAAAAUGGUGAUUGCUGUCUAGUUUUCUAGAGCUUUAUAAUAACAUACAUCUUUGCAAUCUGUAAUUCGGAGAGAGAAUUUGGAACAUUUAAACACACUCUUGUUAAGAGUCAUUCGAUGUGGGACAUUAUCCUUAACUCUCUCGCCUUGUUUACUUGUACUCUUAUGUAUGGUGGCCAACUACUCGAGCGAUUUGAUAAAGUUUUCAGUUUUUAUUUUU